AUGUCAGCCACCAAAGUCUGGAGCCGACGCCCCGACGCCGAGGAGAAGGCUCGGCAGCCGCCCGCGCCGGCUAGGCCCAUCGCCGCUCCGCCAAGCGAUCUCGAGGCGCUCAAGCAGGACGGCGACUCAUUCACGCUCGAGUCCUUCACCUUCGACGACGCCUGGGUGCUCGGCAACCUGCUCCGGCGGCGCCUGCUGCCCGUCCCGACGGCGACGGUCAUCUCGAUCGCGCUCGCCAACAGCGGGCAGGUGCUGUUCCAGACCGUGACGGGGUCCGGGGUGAUGCCGGACAACGAGAUCUGGGUGCAGCGGAAGCGCAACACGGUGCUGCGGUGGGGGAGCAGCACGUGGCUGCAGCACUGCAAGUACGACGGCGACGAGGCCGCGUUCAGGGCCAAGUUCGGCAUGAGCGAGGAGGUCGCGUCGCGGUAUGCCAUCCACGGCGGGGCGGUGCCCAUCCGUGUCAAGGGGGUCGAGGGGGUGGUUGCUGUUGUUGUUGUUAGUGGGUUGAAGCAGCAUGAGGAUCAUGGGGUUAUUGUUGAGGUUAUCAAGGAGAACUGGCAGUAA